UUGUUUUAAUAUUUGGAUUCGGUGUUUAGGUGAUAAUAUAAUUAACAUCUUUAUAGGUGUUAUUUCAAUUAAGUAAAAUGACUAAAUAGUUAAUUAAAUAAAUCACUAUGAUAACUUUUAAGGCAUGUAUAGUGUGCCUGAAAACUGACGUCAAAGUGUUUAAUAUGAACACAGGUCAACUGAGACAUGAAUAUAAUUUAAUAUCUGGUUUAAAGUCUCGUAGUCAAAAUGGCUUACCUGAGUAUUUGUGUUAUCAGUGUUUGGCAUAUGUGAGAAACUUUAAAAAGUUUCGUGAUAAAUGCCAACGUACAUAUUAUGCAUUGCAAGAAAUCCUAGACCGUGAUAAAAAGAUAACAAAGUCUAUAAUUGAAGAAUUGGACUCAAAUGUGCUAAAUAUUGAACCAACUCUAUCCUAUCUUGCUACAAACCACACCAGGACUAAGUAUGAAAAUGUAAAACAUAAAAAUAUUAAACAGAAUUAUGUUGAUUUAAAACAACAAGAAAACAUAACGAUUAUUCAAUAUGGAACUACAUCUGAUAAUCUAAUAUUCGAAGUGCCUAAAAAGAAGCCUAAACUUUGGAUUGAACUAGAAGAAGAUAUUAAACAGGAAGAAACUCCGGUUAUAACGAAUUAUGAAAAUUUUACUACUGAAAUUACAGAUCUUGAUACAAAGCAAAAUGACGACGAUUUCUUUGAUAGCCACUUUGAUGAUGAUGAACCACAGACUGAAAUUGAUAGUAAUGAUAAAAUAGAUAUGCAAGGUGAUCCCAGUAUGAAUUUGGAAGAAGAAUAUGCCACCAUUUUACCCAUAUCUGUGAAAGAGGCUAAGGCUGUCGUUGAUGUCUAUAAACUGCUUGCACAAGGCAAGUUUUCGUGUAAAGUCUGUGGGAAGACAUAUAAUAGUGAAUGUCGAUUGAAAGCGCACAUGAGAAUGCAUGAAAUGAGUAUAAAUGGCACUUUCUUCUGUAUUUUAUGCAAAUAUUACUAUAGAUCUGAACUUCUUUUGAAAAGUCACAUGACAGAAAAACAUAUGUACAAGUAUGUAUGUAAGAAGUGCCCCGAAGUUAACUUUGAUAGACAUUCAGCUAAAAGACAUUAUUACUGGGGUCAUUUCCAAGAAAUAUCCAAUAAAGGUAGUUGGUCACGGACAGCCAAAGUCACUAAGGGCGGUAGAAAAAAUAAAUCUGCCAUACGUCGGUUAGGAACAAAACAGGAAAUACCUCAUGAUUUCCCAAUAAAAUCUGCCAUAAGCCAGGAUGAGCAGUAUGCUUUGGUGAGAGACAGACAAAAAACAAAGAACUACAUUGAUUCACCAUUCAAGUGCGAAUACUGCUUUAAAGGAUUUAGAGUUGCAACAACAUUUGAAACACAUUUAAAGAAACAUGAUCCUGCUCUGUCGGGCAAGUUACAAUGUGAUGCAUGCAAAAUAUGCUAUCCGAGUACAGGAAAGAUGUACAAACACAUGACAAGAUGUCACAUCUUCAAAUACUCAUGUCAGAUGUGCGGUUACACUUGCUUCAACAGGGGUCAAGCUAAAGUUCAUUACAGAUGGCACAAAAAAGUCACAUACCCGUGUCCACAUUGUAAAAAAGAAUUUUCUAAAGAAUCUACAAAGCUUGGUCAUAUCCGUAAGAUGCAUCCAUCGACCAACAUAUGCAACUUGUGUGGACAUAGCUUUGUGAGCGUCACCGGACUACACAUACACAAACUGAAGACUCACAGCAAGGAGGAGAUGGAAGAGAAUGAAGGCAAAGUGGACACAUCAAACCCGCUGUACUGCGCCGAGUGCGGGGUUCAGUUCCGAGACGAUGAUGCCUUCGCGACGCAUCUUGGCUCCUCCAACAAGCACGCUGAUACCAAUCGAGCGAUCACGAAGCUGGGCCUGGACGGGGAGGGGGAGGGCGCGCGCCUCACGGACAAGGGCGUCGUCAACAUGGGCCGCGCCACGUCCUCGCACUGCGAUAUCUGCAACAAGUACCUGCUGAAUGACACUCAGGCGGUUCGUCACUAUGACGCGGAGCACCCCGGAGCGCCCUAUCUGAAGCGGUACAUGUGUGACAUCUGCGGACACAAGACCAGGCAAUACGCCAACCUCGUGGUCCACAUGCGCACGCACACCCAGGAGAAGCCGUACUCGUGUCCGCACUGCGACCGGCGGUUCAGUAUGCAGAACAACCGGGAUCGACACCUUGUUGUCCACACGGGCGAAAAGAAAUAUCAAUGCCCGCACUGCAACCGUCGCUUCUCGCAAAAGAACACGGUGAAGUUGCACGUUCAGACCGUGCACCUGAAAAUCCCCUACCCGCCCUGGAACAAGAAGAACCGCAAGCGGCGCCGCGACCUGGACUCCGCGCCGCCCUCCCCCGCGCCCCCCGCCUACAAGCUGCCGCUGGACUCCGCGCACGGGAACUACCUCAGCGCCUACAUCGACACCACCAACAAAGUCUGCGGAACAUAGAUCUUCAGUCGAGCUGUACAAAAAGCAGAACUAAAACUAUGGAAAUAUGUAGUAGACAGAAUCGGACCGAGAUUGUCCGGACGUCCGGUUAAUCGUGAUGAGGUUUGAAAAUAAAACGUUUUAAUUACGUAAGUUAGUAAUAUUUUGAUUUGUUAACAUUGUCUCAGUUCGGAGGUCGAAAACAUAAAGUCAAUUCCAAUUGAAAGGGGAAAAUGGUAAAUAAACCGUUGUUAGAGCAAAAUGCAAGAGUUUACAAAAUCCCUCGUUUCGAGGGAAGUCCCUAGUUAAAUUCUAAAAAAGGAAUAAAUGUCCCUAGCGUGCGUCCCCUGUGGUUUUUGAAAGGAUUUGAAGUCGCAAACUUCGAUUAAAAUUCACGCGUUCCAACUGCUGGGGCUCCAAAUUCAAAAUUGUAGACCUUUUUCCUGCUGCCAAUGAAACGGAGAAAUAUAUUUAUCGUUAUGUUAUAUAAAUAACAAAAUUGAGUGAAAGAUACUAAUCCAGGGCCUUCGACCGGACUUGAUCACCUCUCAGGUGAUUUUGGGCUAGCAAGACUAAUCUUUAGCCUAUAGUCUAUACCAACCACAGGAGGAGUAAAGAUAAAUAAACAACUAUGGUAUUAAAUCGAUGAGAUAUCAUUGAUCCAGAACUUGAAUGAUCUAUGGUAUUUUGCCUUAAAUGUCUUGUGGAUGAUGUAAUGAAAGGCAAUUGAGUAUAGAUUAUAUGUAUUGUAAUAUAAUUUACAAUAUUUAAUUGUUACGACGAUAUUACAGUGCGAUGUUAGAAUGGCGACUGGCGACAGAACAUAUGAUAAUGUAUUAAUUGACAAUGUAGCAUAUCGAAUAUCGACUUGUUUCUAGGUGCCAUUAUGGACAGUGAUUUUUGCUUACAUUAAUAAAAGUUAAUACGUAGGCACAGUAUUAUGGAAAAAAUGGCGUUUUGAAUGUCAACAAAGUUGUUAUCGAAACUUUGAAGGUAAAAUUAAAAUAGAUAGAUAUAUAGUAGUUAAGUUGAAUAGUAUUUUAUGAUAAAUAAAUAUAUUAAUCAAGAAUAAUUAAAUUUUAGGUUUGUUCAUCUUUACUCCUUCGAUUGGAACGAGCUAUAGUUAUAUCAGAAAAUACACACAAACGCAUUAUCGAUGUUGUUAUUUUACGAUAAAAGUCAAAAAUAUUAAACAUUAUUUUUUUUUUAUUUAAUUCUGAAGGGUACAUACAUUUUGUUUUUUUAUUUAUUUAUUACAUUAUGUACAACAUCAUAGCUAGGGUCAUAAGCGACUGGAAAUAUUUAUUUUUUUGGCCCUUCUUUGUUAAUAGACUGACACAACUAUUAAUCAGGGUUGGGCUCAAAUUUUGUGUACUGAGCUAGAGUUGUUGUUUGUAAUCUGUGGGGCCUAUCCUAAUUAAGUGCAAAGCAUUUUGAUUGUAUGUAUGUGCUUCAGCGGGUUAUAGGUUGUAAGUGUGCAGAGUGCCGCAGCUGGUUGCGCCUCUGGCAGCCGCUAGCAACGAUUUCACGUAUAAAUAAAUGUUCGACCUUUUUGUAAUAAAUAAUUUAUUAGACCAGUAAGAUUGUAAUUAAGUUUUAAUAUAGCUACCUUAAAAUUACUAGGUUAAUGUUAUUGAGUGAAAAAAAUCAUAUUUAAAGUAACAACUGAUUAAUAUAGCGUUUAAAAUAAUUUUAUUAUGACCUAGUUAAAUAUAUAAAUUAAAUUUUCUGAAUAUUUUUUUUAUUUUUAAUAUUUUUUUUUAUUUGGAGUAAGCUCCAAACCUUCUCCUCCAAAAGAGGAGAGGAGGCCUUUAGCCCAGCAGUGGGACAUUCACAGGCUGUUACGGACGAACGGAAUAUUUUUUUUAAUGUUUCUAUAACAUUGUAAACUAAAAUCAAUUUUUAGUGUGCUGAUUCUAUUGUACACAUUUGAAUCCUUUUGAAUUGACAUGCUCAGUGUUUUUCUAUAAUUUUUAAACAAUCACACACUAUCAAUCUUAUAAUAAUUUUUUAACUAAAUAGUCACACUA